AUAUCAUCAAUGUCUGAGCUGCCGGCUUACCCACCAAGCUACCACGAAAAGGAGGAGGAGCGAAACGACGAGGAAGCGGAGGGUCUGCUUACAGGAGAGUAUAGCCCCGAGGCCAAAUCAGCGGACCUGCAAUCCCUCUCCACUGCUUCCCUCUUUCGUACUGCUGGAAUAUGCAUCAGUGUCAUCCUCUUCGGGUUGUUGGCGGGAAAGGCUGUCUCGGGGUUGUUCAGGCUUGGAACGCUCGUCGAAAGUCCGCAGAAGUCGGAGAACGGAGAUGUGCUCUUAAACAAUGGAACCCAUCAAUUUAGGAGUACGGUGAUCAUGGUCUCUCUGGACGGGCUGAGAGCAGACUACGUCGAUCGUGGUAUCACGCCGCAUCUGCUGGAAAUCAGCAGACAAGGACUUCGUGCUAAGUACAUGAAGCCUGUAUUCCCUACACUUACAUUCCCCAAUCACUGGUCUCUCAUGACCGGCUUAUACCCCGAAACCCACGGCAUCAUCGCGAAUGACUUCUGGGACCCCGUGUCAACGAAGGAGUUUGUUUACACAGACCCAGAGAGAUCGUGGGAUCCGUAUUGGUGGUCUGGCGAGCCGGUCUGGGCCACAGCAGGGAAAGCGGGACUGACGACUGCCAAUCUGAUGUGGCCUGGUCCACCCGUGCACCGAUCUGGACAGACACCGACGUACUAUAUCCCGUUCUCUCUCAACUUGACAAUCGACGAGAAGCUGGAGCAGAUAUUCACUUGGCUGGAUUACCCGCUGGAUGUGAGACCAAGAUUGAUCACCGCGUAUUCACCAGAUGUGGAUAUGAUGGGCCAUCUGGGUGGACCCGAUUCAGAGGAAGUAGCGGCGUCGUUGAAGGACGUAGACGUGUUCGCACGCGACCUGCACGCCGGGCUCAAAGCGCGCAAUCUAGACCAGAUCGUUUCCGUCAUCUUCGUCUCGGACCAUGGGAUGACAUCAACUUCCAACAUCCGCCUUGUCUACCUCGACGACAUCCUCGGACCUGACCUGGUCUCCCGGAUCGCGCACGAAGACGGCUGGCCAAACGUGGGUCUACGUUUCCCAUCGGAAGUAAACACCUCCCAUGUGCUCGAGCUGCUCGAAAGUGCUUCGCUCCGUACCAACAGCGGUUUCGGGGUCUUCACGCCAGACACCAUGCCCGAGAAAUGGCAUUUCCGAGCAGAUGUGAACGAGCGCAUUGCUCCGAUCUUCGUUGCGCCGCACCUGGGGUGGGCGAUCACGAACCAUCACGAGCACGAGGUGAUCAUGGCUGGGGACUAUACGCCCAAAGGGAACCACGGGUACGAUAAUGACGAGCCGGACAUGCACGCGAUCUUCGUUGCCGACGGGCCGUUCGCUACCAUGGCGAAGGAGAAGCUAAGGAAGGCCAAGCGGCAUGAAGGGGACGAUGAGGAUCAGAUGCACAAACCCACCGUCAUAGAUGGGUUUGCCAGCCUGGAGGUGUACAACCUCGUUUGUCGGUUGUUGGGUAUCAAUGGUGUGCCGAAUAACGGCACGCAAGGGUUCUGGGAGACUUAUCUUCCUUAGAGGUGAGACAUGGACUAUGCGAUACCGAUCGGGAUUGCGCUUGUAAGUUAAUUAGAAUACAUAUUGU